AUGGAUCCUCAGCCAAACUCAAUCGGACUGUACUGGCCCGACGACUCAAGUUUCCUUGUACCGAUGCCUCGUGAUCCGGAGUUCGAGAUUGACUAUUCACGAUUCGGCUCGCCGUCUUUGUCCGUCAGCCUUGACAACCGACUCAAUGGCGUCGACGGGCUGGCCCGGUCCCUUGGUGGCUGCGGCGCAGCCACCCUGACGGGUGCAACGCUGGGCUCGUAUUCCACCAACCACUGUGCGAGCCUCCACCGAUAUCUGACGGAGCCUCGCCGGGAUGAGAUGAGAGCCCUCGGUCUUCUCACCGACGCUGUUAAUAAUCGUCCGAAGCUUCCAUCCGACUUGAGGAAUUACCUCCGCUAUGCGGAUUCCUCUCAUCUCGACAUCAGCGUUUGUUCUCCAAAGCUGAGUGACGAUGACAGUUGGUCAGCCGCUGCCGAGGUGGAUUUCCCGGCUAGCCCUAUGGAGAGAUACAUCUACACGAAGGAGCCUCACGAGAUAGUGGCUCUCGGACUUCGAUAUGGUGAUACUAAUGCAGCACCUGAGCAAGCAGCCUCACCCUGCUCGGACGAGUCCAUAUCUCUCUCAGCGCCGUCACCGGCAGGCGUCCAACAGUCACCACCUUCUGAUAAGUUGAGUGUCGAUUCAAAUGAGGACGGUCUUGGCGCUCCACCCUUCUUUGGACAGGAAGUAAUGGAUACAAGAGCAGAGAUACAGCGAUUUAGGGUCUACGGUGUGCGGGGGUCGAGAGCCCUAACCAAAUCGCACCCGCGCCAGCGAAAGCGCUAUGAGACGGGAAAAACUGGCAAAAUGGGAAUUCGCAAGCGAUAA